UGCAGCACGCCGCGCACAUUUCCGUUUCCGCCGCCAGGUUCUUCCAGCGGUGGCCGCGUAGUGGUUCGUGUCUUCGCACCAUGUCCGGUGGCCUCCUGAAGGCGCUGCGCAGCGACUCCUACGUGGAGCUCAGCGAGUACCGGGACCAGCACUUCCGGGGGGACAAUGAAGAACAAGAAAAAUUACUGAAGAAAAGCUGUACAUUAUAUGUUGGAAAUCUUUCCUUUUAUACAACUGAAGAACAGAUUUAUGAGCUUUUCAGCAAGAGUGGUGAUAUAAAGAAGAUCAUCAUGGGUCUGGAUAAGAUGAAGAAAACGGCCUGUGGCUUCUGUUUUGUGGAAUACUACUCGAGAGCAGACGCGGAGAACGCUAUGCGGUACAUAAACGGAACCCGUCUGGAUGACCGGAUCAUACGCACAGACUGGGAUGCAGGCUUUAAGGAGGGCAGGCAGUAUGGACGUGGACGGUCUGGGGGUCAGGUUCGAGAUGAGUAUCGGGAGGACUACGAUGCUGGGAGAGGCGGCUAUGGCAAGCUGGCACAAAAACAGUGAGUGGUGAGAGCCCCAAGUACACAGCUCACUCUGUUGAUGAACAUUACCCAAGGUCUGAUCAGUAUCUCUGUUGCACUGGAAGCCACUUCUGGUUUUCCUCUGAACUAUUAAAGACAGAAUCCAAAAGAAUGCCUUUAAUUCUAGUCUUAUUAGGUUGAUUUUUCUGUUACUAGGUCAAACCCAUAAUCCUGGGCAACAGACUCACUCAAUCUGUGCCAAUUAAACUGUCAGCCGGAUACCACAUGUCCUUUAGGGAGAUUGGAAAAUGUCAGAUUUGACUUUACAAGUAGGUUGGUAAUCUUCAUGGAAAGUGAAAUGAUUUUAAGUUUGCAUGUGUAUUGCUGAGGUUUUGCUAUAGUCUGUAGCUUUGCUCUAAAUUAGGAACAAGUGUUUGUCAACUGGAUUUGCUUUUUAUAUUGAAAAUAUAGUUGGCACAAAAGUCAGCCUUAAGUUGUCUUGUCUGCUUCUGUGCUUUGUAUGUCAGGACUUGAAGUGUUUACUAAACACAUUCCACAAAAUUUACAAAUGUUUCACUGACAGUUUAAAACAAGAAACAACCCCCCAAAACAAACAAACAAACAAACCCCCAAACCCCAAGGACACUGUUGUGCAGAGAGCCUCUGCUGUCCUAAGGAGCGGGGGAAGGGGAAGACAUUGUCAGUAGGCAAUGGGAUGACAGUUCAGACACCGCCUUGACAUGGAAACUGCUCUUGGCGCCUUAGGUUAUUUCUUCCUGCUUUCAAAAUGACCUUCGAGUUAAUCGGGCUUUAAAAAGGGGCUUCAGCCAGGCCUAUAAUCUUGGCUAUUUGAAAGGCUGAAGCAAGAAAAUCACAAGUUCAAGGCCAGCCUGGGAACCUUUUGAGUCUGCCUCAAAAUAGAAACAGAAAAUGGGCAGGGGGAGAUACAAGGCACAGUGGUUAAGUACUCAUGUGAGUGGUCCUAGGUUUAGUCCUCACGACUGCCUAAAUUAUUCAAGAGUUUGCGAACUGGAAGUGUUUAAGAAAAGCCUCUUCCAGGAACUGUCUGGUUUUUUGUUUGUUUGGUUUUGGGUUUUUUGAGACAGGGUUUUCCUGUGUAACCGUCCUAGCUUUCCUGGAACUAGCUCUUGUAGACCAGGCUGGCCUCGAACACACAGGGAUUCACCUGCCUCUGCCUCCUGAGUGCUGGGAUUAAAGGCGUGCGCCACCACCGCCCGGCCAGAACUGUCUGUUGUCCUUUUUCCUUCAAAUCGUGCCUGCCGUGCUCUGUGCAUUCAUAGUAAGCUGGAGGUCUUUAGAAAGGGAGUCUAGAAAAUUUUGCAUUUUCUUUCUAAUAUUGCAUAUGAAUAAUUUUUCAUGAUUAAAGGGAAAUCUUUCAUCUGUUAUUU